GUUUAGUAAACAGUGCGGAAUAGUUUCCAUUAGCAAAGCUUACACAGAAGCGAACGAACGAAAAAAAAGGAGCCCAUCGACUUUGCAGAUGGAAGACCAGAUACAAACACUCGACGCACGACCCGAUACGGAAGAAGGAAGCGCCACGCCCUCCAUAACUUCAAGCUCGGCCAGAAAACAGAAAUGGCAACGUCUCAUCGCCAGCAUCCGACGUCAGCCAUCGACCGCAGACGCCAUCCACUUCUUCAAUUCGCCGGCAGGUCUUCAUUAUUCAGACGAUGACGAAGCUUCGCUUGGUCAGUCAGACGACAAUAAUGUCCGUCUUAGUACGACCGACUCAAUUCAUCACUACAGUUACUACCAGCCGGCAUUUUACUAUCCGGCCAGCUGGACGGGCCUGGUCACCAUCACGUCACAAAUUCCAGUGAGCCUGGAUGAAAAAGUGGAGGACGUAACGCAGUUGUGGUCGCCGGAAGAAGACGGCCUUUACGUCGGCUCACCACCCAAAUGUUGCCGUCGCAGGUGGCGGCUUCUCGAACGGCGUCUGGUGAUGAGUCAGCCGCAACAAGAGCAACAACAGCCGGCCAGUCAUGGGCCGCCAGAGGCCGGCCGACCAACCGCCAAGACAAGAAAAACUAAAUGGUUCCACUCGGAUGCAACAUUGGCCGUUCUACCUGAUCCAUUACGUCCCUAUCUCAUCCGCAACAUCAUACCGCGGCUGGAUCCGUCAACGAUCGGCUUUCAUCCAGUUUAUCUUCCAAACGGAAAAUCGAUGGCAAACGAUGAGAGAAUGGCUAGAAAUGCACCUGAUCGACAAGUUCAUCCGCUGCACGUGUUCGUCAGCGCCAUCGAGUUCCAUCACCACUGGCUCUUCGGUCCAGAAAGCGUUUUAGCGGCGCGGCUGGCCAGCCAAUGGGCCACAUAUUCAUCGAGCGAUCGCUCAGCCGAUUCAACCGACAUCGCCACCGCUCACAUGGACGUCCUGGGCCGCAAGUUGCGAGCGCUCUACCAAGCGCACGACGAGGCCGUCGAUCUGCUCGACCGGCUCCAAUUCAACGGAGCCGAUGCGGCCGUUAUGACCGCCCAGCUUCAACGCAUCGCUUCAUACCGAGAGGCCAUUGGUUGGACCCGAGGGGACUACUACGCGGCCAGUCGUCGACGCAUUGCAUUAGUGCGGUCGAUGAUGGCCGAUUGGAAGCGAUUGAAAGACGUGCGCAAAAGCCAGGGAUUUGCCUGCACCAGAUGUCGAUUGUCGGUGCUCGGCGACAACGCAAAGGCCAACAAGAGUCGAAGAAAGAACAAGGAGGAGGAGACGAAGAUGACAAGUGGCGGUGCGGCCGGUCAACACGAACCGCUCGAUUGGGAUGAAGAGAUCGAGCGCCAGAUGGACGAAUCCCGUCGACUCUUCAAAGAGCACGUCCGUGCCGACACUGAUCGAUACAAGCGUCACAAGGCGCAGUGGAGGCGAAAAAAACGUGGAGACGGCAACGAGAAAAGGAGAAAAGACGUGACGAAGCAACUUGCAACGCAACGAUCCAGUUCGUCUGAAUCGAAAGAUCAAAAAGACGAUGGAAAGAGCGGGGACGAAAGUGAAGGUGAGCCGGAAGCGCCGCCGGAUCGUGAAUUCGACGAGGAACAGACGCGGGCGGAUAUUGUCAAAGCGAUGGAAGAAUCCCUCAUGCCACCUGGCGAGACCAUUCCCAACCUUUUAUGGAUUCCUGACGGCCUGAAAAACGCUCCUAGUGCCAUCAGCGACCGGGAACAGCUCAGAAGAGACGCUAUUAAGAAAUGCGUGUACCAGUUCAAGAUUUUAAUCAAUCAAGAAGAGAUUGCCACAUCGGACGUCUUCCACAUCGACGAAGACUUUACGGGGGAUGAGAUUCAACAAGCCUUUCAUUUGUGGGUCAGAGACAAGCCGCGAAACAUUUUCAUUCAAUUGUUCUACAAAAGCAGACAGAAUCAGAAAAAAUGGAUUUUACUCGCCGUUGUAAAUGUUCCCAUCCCAUCAGCGAAUGCAAGUUUCGCCAAACAGCCUGAAAGACAUUUAAAAUUCCAAAGCGCUUUGGUUCAGCAACCGAUGGAGGAGCUCGGAACCGUCGGCUGCGGAUGGAAGCAACCAGGACGAGAAAACGAGCAAGACGAAAGAGAAAAAUGGACAAAUGGAACGUUGGUAGUCAAAAUAGGAUGGGGCACAGACAAUCAAGGCAACAUUAAAGCGCCCAUCAACAUGGACGAUCCGCCAACAGCUCAUGCUGGGGCGUCGGUAUGGAUAAAUACAAAAACGCAACUGGAUCCCAACGAUCCAGCCAAUGCGGAGACGCUAGAACAAAUGGAGAAAAUGAAACGGCUGGAAUGGAGGGCCGGUAAAAGUGACAACGAAAUCGCCAAGAAUGACGACGAUCAAACGUUUUGUUCGGCAGAGCAAUUCGACUCCAACGUGCGUUUCCAACUGCUUCGACGACGGGCAGACGAAACGAAACCUUUUGCCCAUUUAACCAUGAUUCCUAGUCGACCAGACGAAAUACCCCACCAUCUGAUCCACUUGUUAGAUGGCAGUGUGAACAAGGGAUCGUCUUUCGACCAAACAGAAGAGGAUGAUUCAAUCAAUCUACUGGAUGCCUUACGGCGACGAGGGCAGCGCAAAUGGUUAGAACUUUAUCCAGCAGUAGCCGACCGGCUCUCAAGUUCCAGCCAGAAGAGGCUUCAAUUAGCCGAUCUGGUCAUAGAAGAUCACAUCUCAGAUAUAAGCACUUUUGGCGGGCAACUGAUGCCCGUAUUCUUCAAGGCACAUCGGCCGUUGCGUCCAGAAAGAAAAGAGCGCAAUCCAAUGCCACUGCUGGCCGGAUUGGCCAUCCAUACAACAGAACAAGCCACGUUGAGAGUCAACGUCAUCCGAGCGCUCAAUUUGCCACAUAAAAUCGAAAAAGGAUCGAUGGUCCAUCCGUUCGUCGAAGUGUCUUUCCAAAAAUGCAGCGCACGCACAACAGCGGGAAACGGUACGAGCCCGACCUGGAAUCAAGAACUGUCCCUUCCAGUGCAGUUUUCAGACGGAGUUCGAUCACUCGCCUAUUUGCAAUCCAUUCGAGACGAUUUAUUCAUUCAACUUUUCGAUGAGGUUGUGGUCGACAUUUUAGACGACGAUCGUCAGAGAGAUGUUAGCGUUCAUCAAAGGUACGAGCGACAUUGGCUCGGUGGUUUCAAAAUCCCAUUUCAAGUCGUCUACAAGUGGAGCAAGAUCGACGGCACUUUCACGCUGAAUACGCCAAUGGUGCCCAUCGGUUACGAAUACAAUCACUAUAAUCACGACGGACCCUUAUUGACGGUUCUCAUUUCAAUUCAUCCGGCCGUCAGUCCCCCCAGAAUCAAUCAGGUCAACGGGCCGAGUAUGGAAGACGAGAUGUUGGUGGAAUACGUGAACGGAUGGAAGAACAGCCUCUUUAAAGAAUUCCCCCAUUUAGACGGCCUUAUCGAUCCCCUAGUGGUCAAUGAAAAGGCCAUGACCGUCUACAUCGGCCGCUAUUUGACGCCAUUCGAACCCCCCGAGCAAUUGCAAGGAUCCAGUGACGACGAGACUUUGAAAAACCUUUGCCAAUUCGUAGCUGCAAUUCCAUCGCCACCCAACAAUCAACCCAUUUUGACAAGGAGGAUUUGGCUCACGUCUCAAACAGUGUUGGAAUGGCUAGUCGGUGGGGACGAAGAAAGAGCCGUUUUGCUACACAAUUACAUGGCGGCACUCCAUUACGAGGUGUACAUCCUGCUGGGCAUGGCCGUGCCCGAGGGAGAGACGGCCUUUGUUCUUUAUCGAAACAAGACAAACCAAACAAUGCGAAUGAUUAGUCCGACAACAGGAAUGAGCAAAAACGUUGCCGAUCCCACGUGUGCUUUACAGCAAGUGUGGGUUUUAUUUAAUCAAGAUAACUUCUGGGUCAACACCCACUUUAAAAUUCACCCGAGUCAAUUGCAAUAUCAAGUCAGCAAAGAAGCCGAUUGGCGCCCUCUGUUCGCAAGAAGAUUCCCCAAUCCAAGAUUGAAUACGAUUCAAACACCAGAAAAUUUGGUCUAUCCAGCGACAAGCGCGAAAGACGUACGCCAAUUGGAGGAAGCCAUAAUCAACCAUCUCAAACAGUCUUUUAUGAAAUGGAGGAAGACAACAAGGACAAAAUGGAAUAGACAUGCAAGCCAAAUCUUUCGUGACAUUCUGAUUCAAACUGCUGACGGAGACUUAAAGCCCACGUCGAACAAUUUGGAACAGCUGCUCGAAACUUAUAAAGUUUUUGGGGUCCCAAUCAAGACGGCCUAUGUGAACAUGGAAAGUCUCAGCGACAUGCUUUACGCUACAGGUCUGCACCGCCAUCACGGCUUUGAUUUUGCCCUAUCGACUUUCAUCAAGUCGUAUCCUAACCAUCUGAAUCACGUUUUCAUUUUUGGCGCCUACUUGGAAAAUCUCUAAGCCAAUUACGCCCUAUCACAUAAGAAUUUACAAAAAUUUUGCGUUUUGAAACGGAUGCGGAAAAAACUUGACAAUUUCAAUUGGUUGACCAUUAAAUCAAGUAGCCUAUGGUGGCAAUUAAAAACUUCAUUUCAAAAGGGAAAUGAAGCUAUUGCCAACACAACAUGGACCGAACUAUCCCCAGGAAAAAGUUACAACAAAUACACCCUUCAUGUUGUUCAGUGAAAUAUAAAAAUAUAAUACUACCACUGAAGCUGUACAUGAAGACAUUAGGUUGGACAAUAGAAGUUUCCAAAUGAUGGGUUCCUACCUUAAGACGGAGUUGCUAGAAGCUAGUUGCCUGAAGAGUUGAUAUUAUUUGCCUCCCUUCAUUUCUGGCAAGAAAUGUUCAAGAGCAGCACAUUUCUGGUGGUGGCUUCCACAAUCUGAAGGGAUGUUAUGCUGAGCAGGAUUCA